AUGAAACUUGAGGUGAGAAUUCAAAAUACGAGAAACGAGUUGAAAAAAAUAGGCAAGGAUGAUGCAAAAGAAGCGGGUCUCUCAGCGAUUGCAGAUAAGAUGCAUCAAGAAGAUGUUAAAGCGGAAGAGCAUCGUCAGCGAUAUAUUCAAGAAUGCGCCGAAAUGGAAGGGGCAAAUGCAGCUCGUAAUCAACAGCAAAUGCGAGAAUGA